UCCCGAAACAUUGUGCUUUUUUUCAUUGCUUCCAAAAUGGCUUCUCUCGUGAAGAAAGCAGCUCACGACAUUCAAACACGGAGAAGAACUGAUGAUGUUUUGCUCUCUGAUGGAAUUGAUUUCGCCUCGUUGCUUCUUUCACAGCCAGUGCAAGAUGGACUCCUUGCUUCGGGCUUCCAGAAACCUUCUCCAAUUCAGCUCAAAGCCAUCCCGCUGGGACGAUGUGGCCUCGAUCUUAUUGUCCAAGCCAAGUCCGGCACUGGGAAGACCUGUGUUUUUGCUACAAUUGCUCUGGACGCUUUGAUCACAGAGAACAUGACCACACAGGUUUUGGUCCUGGCGCCCACCAGAGAGAUCGCGGUCCAGAUCCACGCUGUUGUCAUGGCGAUUGGCAGUGCCAUGGAGGGCUUAGAGUGCCACGUGUUCAUCGGGGGCACGCCUGUGAGCCAGGACAAGACUCGCCUGAAGAGGUGCCAUGUUGCCGUUGGGUCCCCAGGCCGUAUCAAGCAGCUGAUUGAACUGGGCUUCCUGUCGACAGCCAGCAUCCGCCUGUUUGUCUUGGAUGAGGCCGACAAGCUUCUGGAGGAGGGCAGCUUUCAGGACCAAAUCAAUUGGAUCUACUCCUCCUUGCCUGUUAACAAGCAGAUGCUCGCCCUCUCCGCCACCUACCCCGAGUCUAUGGCCCAGCACCUGACGCGCUACAUGAGGGAACCCACUUUCGUCAGGCUUAACCCCGCUGAUCCAGGCUUGAUAGGCCUAAAGCAGUACUACAGAGUGGUCAAGUCCCACCCGCUGCCCCACAAGAUCUUUGAGGAGAAGGUCCAGCAGCUAUUUGAACUCUUCAGCAAGAUUCCCUUCAACCAGGCCCUGGUCUUCUCUAAUCUGCACAGCCGGGCCCAGCACCUGGCCGACAUCCUCACCACCAAGGGCCUGCCUGCUGCCUGCAUCUCCGGUGGUUUGAGUCAGGACCAGCGCCUGGAAGCCAUGUCAAAACUGAAGCAGUACCAGUGCAGAGUGCUCAUCUCCACGGACCUGACGUCCAGGGGAAUCGACGCAGACAAGGUGAAUCUGGUCAUCAACCUGGACGUGCCCCAGGACUGGGAGACCUACAUGCACCGCAUCGGCCGGGCCGGCCGCUUCGGCACCCACGGACUGGCCGUAACCUACUGCUGCCGUGGCGAGGAGGAGAACAAAAUGGUGGCCAUCGCUCAGAAGUGCAGCCUGAGCCUGUCCCUUCUGCCAGAUCCCAUCCCUCCGGGACUGAUGGAGGAACCCUCUGACUAUGACGUCACCAUCGAAAACCUCAAGACCGAACCCAUAUUUGAGGUCUCCCAGAGACCGGACAAGAAGAAGAGGCUGAAAACCGCUCCUGUGCCCAAGUCCUCCUGGGACGAAAACUCGAGAACAACGGAGAACGUUCCAGAAAGGUCCACGAAGGGCACCCACGUGGGGCAGGGGGCAAACGAGGGGACACCGAUGCAGCCCAAAAAAGCUGCCCCCGUUCCUCCAGCCUCACCUGUCCAAGAAGCCCCUCGGCCCCAGACUCGAAGGGAACUUCAAGAGGCCUUGCCGAAAAUCCCUCCCCUGCCCUCCUUUAAGCCCAAAGUUCCUGUGGUCACGUCCUUUGAGCACCUGGUGAUGGAUUAUGAGCGGUUCAUAACGGAGGGCCCGGGCCGGUCGGUGGAGAUAAUCCGUCGGUACACGGGCCCCGAGGGGGUGGACGAGGUACGCGUGCUGGAGAGCAGCCCAAGCGUCCGGUCGCAGGACAUCCGUUCCAGCCGAUCCCCCGCCAGGCCUGCUCCGUCCAUGUUCCAGUCCCCGGGCCCCGUCCCCUCUAGGUCGCGAUCCCGAAGCCCGGCCCCUUCCGGAGCGUCGUCCAGCUCAGACAUGGACCUAGAGAGCGGCAGGUCGGGUGCUCCGGACCUGCCUGGCCGCCCGGAUCGGACCCGAGGAGUGCGGUGCGGAGAGGCGAGCCCCGGCCUCACCGGCGGCUCCUCGGCCUCCGGCCCGUCAGAGCCGCAAGCUACCACACGCCUGCAGCUUCAACCCAAACCUCAGCCCCCACCCCAGCCGUACCCCCAAACCAAACACCCACCCUCUCCUCAAACGCAGAAGGGGCCCCAGGCUGUGAAGAAGCUCAAAAGCUGCGCCGCUCCGGCCUGGGGGACACGAGGCGGGAAAACUGGUCAGCGAGUGUCACACGGGCCCCGUGAGGGGACGGCAGGGACGGGCCCCCGGGAGGACCGGCACCGGGCCUGGGAGGAGGAGGACCAGCAGGCCCAUCACCAGGCCUGGGAGGAGGAGGACCAGCCGGCCCGUCACCAGGCCUGGGAGGAGGAGGACCAGCAGGCCCGUCACCAGGCCUGGCACCAGGCCUGGGAGCGGUACUACGCUGCCGUACCCCAGGCCUACCAGCAGGGCUACAACAGCGCCUACAGCUGGAUGGCUGCCUACCGCAUGAACUCCAUUUAUAUGGAGGAGCUGCUGAAGCGCUAACGCCGCACUGCUGCACUUUCCCGCCGUCGACAAGUGCACGUGAAGAUGGAGGUCGGGAGUUGACCUGCGCGGUGGCGGUUUGCGCGAUGGUUUCCAUGGGAAUCCCUGUGGACGGGACUGGCCCAGGGCGUUUGAGAAGAUUUAUUGUUUAAGAUGAGCCAUUGCAGACAGGAAGGAGAAAGAUGAGACUGACCGAUUUGUCAAAUGUUAAGGUGUGUAAAAUAAGUGGCUAGUGGCUUGGGAGGAGGAUAUAAUGUUUGGAAAUGUUAUUUCUAUACACACCUUGGCCGUUUUGUUGGGGACAAUCUCAUGUUGGGCCAUUAUGUCAAUAUGUCAAUAUAUUCGGUUUUUAUUUUAAUAAAACUAAGUAUAUGAUUCAGU